CUUCCCCUCCACUUCCAAUUGUGGCUCGUUUGGACUGUAACCCGGCAGGCAAGACUAAACAACUACUACCAACUGUCUCCAUCCUGUGCCCCAACGGUACGCUACACACAACGGCUUCGAUUUGACUUCCUUGCGGCAUCGUCUUGGAUAUGGACCCUUUAGACCCAGAGCACGAUUUCGGCGUUGCAAAGUCCAGACGCCGGCCCGUCAAGGACAAGGAAACGGAGCCAAACGGUAAAAGCAGCUCCUCAUCCGCAGCACCCGGGAAGGCCAGCGAGCCAGUGGAGGAGCAACAGUUCUCGUCCUACGACUAUGCCGUGCGAGAUGAACCAUCACCGGCAGCAGCACAACCUGAACCGUUCGUCUUGCCGCAAAGCCUACCUCCACCCGGUGGCCCAGGGUUCAUACAACAAAGGCCAGGGCCCCCACCACCGCCAGGCCUCCCACCACCGCAUUUAUUUUGGUCACAGCAUGUAGAUCCAGCCGGAAAAGUGUAUUACCACAACGCCGCGACGAAGGAGAGUAGAUGGGACCGACCGCCAGAGUUCCGGCCCCCGCCGCCUCCCCCGCGGCCGAUGGGAGGCCCUCCUCCAAACGGGAUGUUCAGUGCGUCAGUACCCGCUCAAUCUCAACCUACUCUCAACGGUGCACCACCUCCAACCCCCAGCGCCGUCCCAAACCCAGACGUCGAGCGUCCCCUAGCAUUGAAGAAGAUCCCCCUGACAAAAUGGGCCAUCGUCCUCACAAACAAAGACCACGAGUUCUUUUACAACACGGAUACCAAGACCUCCGCGUGGGAGAUGCCGGAUGAGCUCGGGGAUCUGAUUGGGGCGUUGAUCGCUGAUGCUAUGGGAGUGGAGGAUUAUGGGGACGAGGAGGAGUGGCCGACUGCUGAUCAGUUUGAUGAUGGGCAGUCGCAGGCUAGUGAACUGCCUGCUGACGAGCGGCCGAACGGGAGGGAUUCGCAGGCAACGGGGAACGCGGAGGAGGGCGGAUUGAAGAGGAAGACGGAGGAUGAGGGAGAGACUAGGGACGAAUCUUCGAAGCGCGUUAAGAAGGAACCCGAGGAGCCACAGAUUCCGCUGGAACCGAAGAGGGAGGCUCUCGGUGGUCCAGCUGACGCGCCAGCUGUGGAUGUCAAGGUUGAAGAGUUCCUAGCCUUAUUGAGAGAGAAGAACGUGUCGCCGUAUACCACGUGGGAGAUGGAGCUGCCGAAGAUUGUUGAAGACCGUCGAUACAAUUUGGUGCCGACUUUGAAGGAGCGCAAACAAGUCUUCGACAACUACUGCAUCGCCCGAGUCGCCGAGCUACGAGAAGAACAAAAAAAUAAAGGAAAAGAUACCAAGGAGGCGUACUUCAAGCUCCUACAGUCCGAAACGAACAUCCGAACCCGCUGGGAAGACUUCAGCCGCAAAUUCAAACGCGACCGCCGGUUCACAGAGUUCGACGCAAAACAGCGCGAGAAGGUGUUCAAGGAGCACAUCGCGGCAUUGAAGAACGGUGGCAGACCUAGGGGAUCCCCCGCAGACGCCUUCAUAGCUUUGCUGAAGGGUAUGAAAGACCUCCACCCGCGAUCCAGCUGGUCGAGCGUGAAGCGCGACAUUGAGCACAAAGCCGAGUACCGCGCGCUCCGGUCCUCAACGGAGCGAGAAGACCUAUUCCGCGACUACAUCCGCAAACUCGACAAAGACGACAUGGGAAGCGACCGCCACCGCAGCAACAGUGAAGAACAGGAACGCAACGAACGUGACCGGGCCGCCCGCGAAGCCGCCAGCCUCCGCGACCGCGAAGCCCAAGUCCGCCGCUCGCAAUCCCUCCUCAACCGCGAAAUGUCCUCCCACCGCUCCACCCUCCUCCGCCAAGACGCAUCCACCCUCCUCCGCUCCCUGCUCAUCGACACCGUCCGCUCCCCCGACGCCGACUGGACCGCUACACGUGCCUUCAUCCAACGCCGUGACCCCUCCGCGUGGGACCGCGUGCGUGCGCUGCAUGAGGACCAGAUGAGGACGUUGUUUGAGGACCAUGUCGCGGAAUUGCAUCAGAAACGACUGCAGGGCUUCCACGCCGCGUUGGAACACACCACGGACCUGACAACCAAAUGGGACGACAUCUCCACCUGGGUACUACGUGACCCGCGCACCCGCCGGCUGGCCCCACCCGACCCGUCCGACGACCCGACCGUCAUGACGCCCUCCGAGCGGGACGCAGCAGAAGUCUAUGCCGAAACAGCGCGCCGCGAAUUCGAGCGGUACCAGGCCCUGCGGGAACAGAACGCCCGCGCGGACCUGCAGAAAGCGCUAUUGGAGAAUAGUUUUGUCAAUUUCCAUGUCAAGGCGGCUGUGGUGGAUGCGAGGGCCAGCGCGAUUGAGAAGGGAGAGAAGGACUCGAAGGAGGGGGAUGAGUGGGGGUUCAUCGAUUUGGACGAAGUUGUUACUGUGUUGAAUGACGACAAACGCUUCGUCGACAUGCGACACUUUGAGGCUGACCGCGACCGUGCAGUGAAAGAACAUUUGCGGGAUUUGAUCCGCAAAUACCGAGCAGAACGGGGCGGGACCGUUGAUCGGACCCUCGUCGGCGUAACUAGAUAGAUAGAAACACCCACCCCCAAAUCCAUAUUCGGGUCUGGCCGCAGAGGCGCAAAAUGGUAACGGGAACCCACAAGCAAAUACAUAUUUACGGAGGGGACAGACUGAAUUUUCCACUGUGCAGCCGAGGAUCGAUCAGCACCACCGAGACAGUUACAAAAAGAUCCGUCUGAAAGACAUACAAAGGAGCCCCUCAUCAGAAAGGCCAAAAAACCAUACCCAAAAAAGAAGAUAGCAUCCGGGGGUCUAUGUACACUGGCGCCUUC